CACUUUCUCAUUUGUUUCCAUUCCCACUUCAGUUUCCCUUCAUUUCGUUGUCAUUUCACUAUUAGAUUCACUUUUUUAGCAGGGCAGGAUAGGGCUUAUUUCGUUACCAGUCUUUCGACUAAGCGCACCGAAACCUCGGAUACUCAAAAUAAAUAAAUGCCUCCUGUACCAGAAUCCGUCGACCAUUCAAAGAUCGACUUCCGUCGCUACUACUUUUGGGCGACCAUUCUUAAUGUGCCACCUAUCCUAUUCAUGUACCCAUUAAGAACAGUACGCCUCCUACAGCAGAGCAAGGUCACGAGCCCAGUUCCCAAUUCGAUUUUUAAAGUUAUACGAGAUGUGUAUAGAAAGAAUGGUGUCCAGGCCUUGUUUGCGGGUUCGGCGAUUUACACAACAGGGGUGACAACGACAAAGAUCCUACAGUUUGCUACCUAUGAUUAUGCAGCCCAGGUCAUCAAGCAACACAGAUAUUUUGGAUAUCCGAUCCUAAAGGACUCAAGAGUCUUGAGUGGUGUCCUGGGAACGUUCUCUGCCAUUGUUACGACGUUCUUUAUCGUUCCUUUUGACAUGAUCUCGCAACAGAUCACGAUUGCUAAGGCAGGGGCAUUACCUAAUACGUCAAAUAUGCCGCUAUAUGUUACUGGGUAUUCAGAGCCGCUCGAAAAACCGAAGCCCAUGACACUUACUGAAUCACUUCGUGCACAAUAUAGACAAGAAGGCACUCGAUUCUUAUUUAGAGGCUACUUUGCAACUCUGCUUUCAACUGGUCCCUUUUUUGCAGCUUAUUUUCCAGCAUAUGAGAUAUCGCGGUAUUGGAUCAAGGGCAGUAUUGAUUAUAUCAGGGAUAUCCAAGCAGCCCGAAGGCCCAACCCAAAUCCAUUUCCACCAUUGCAAUCCCAUCAGUUUUUGAUCUCGUCCAUGGCAGGGAGUAUCGCAUCUGUGGCAGGAGUUGUAGUGUCUUCGCCUUGUGAUAUGAUCAAGACACGUAUUCAAACCGAACAACGGCUACAGCCUACGAAUGCUUCAGGCAUCAAGCUACCACUACCGACUUUAAACUGGAUGGACGUAUUUAAAGAGAUUUGGAAGAAAGAAGGGCUGAUGGCAUUUUUUUCAGGAACAAGAGCCAGAGCAAUCAGAGCUAUUCCUGGGGGAGCAUUCAACUUUUUAAUCUUCGACUAUGUCCGAUCCAAGAGCCUCAAGGAGGUCGUUCCAGUACCGCCUGUUAUGCAGGCAGAGAGGCAAGAAAUGCUCGAGACUCUCUUUACACUUGAAAAGCAAUUCCAGCCUUCGCCGACACCAGCUACCGAGGAUUGGUCACAAUCUGUAUUACUUUCUGUUGAUGAUGAAAUUGCACCUGAUAUGGUACCGAUUACAGAGUAUAUGGAGCAACCAUCAUCAUCGCCACCACCCUCUUCUUUAGAGCAGCAACCUGAGGAAAGUCCUGAGCAGUUACCACCGAUCGCGAUGCAACAAGAGAAUUAGAAUUGAACACAUAGAUUUAAAGAUGAGUAAUACAAAGAUUAUUUUCCCUAGAGCGUAGAAAAAUAAAAUAAAAACUGG